AUGGUUUGCCUUAGACUUUUCAGCCUUUUGCUGGUGCAAAGGCUCACACGCUGUCACAAAGCAGAGGAACUUCAGCUCUCAAACUGGUUUAAACCUGGGAGCCGCCAGGAUGUCAUCACGACCACGGACUGGCUGGCCCCAGUCUUGUGGGAAGGCACUUUCAACAGAGAGCCCCUGGAGAGAUAUUACAGAAAGCAGAACAUCACUGUCGGCUUGGCUGUCUUUGUUAUUAGAAGGUUUGCAGACAGACACCUGGAGCUGUUCUUGCAAUCGGCCAACAAGUUCUUCAUGCCUGGCCACAGGGUGAUCGUCUACAUCAUGGCGGACACCUACGUCAAGCUGCCCGAUGUAGAGUCCAGUCCUCUGCGAACCUUCCAAAACUUGGUAAUGGGUGAGCAGCAACGGUGGCACAACUUGGACCUCGUGCGCAUGAAGGUGUUAGGUGAGCACCUCGUGGAGCACAUCCAAAACGAGGUGGAUUUUCUCUUCAGCAUGACCACCAACCUGGUCUUUGAGGACGAAUUUGGGGUGGAGACCCUGGGCACCUCUGUGGCUCAGCUCCAUGCCUGGUGGUAUUUUCGAAACACCAAGAACUUCCCCUAUGAAAGGAGGCACACGUCAGCAGCCUACAUCCCCUUUGGGCAGGGAGACUUCUACUAUGACGGCUCGAUUGUCGGUGGCACGCCACAUCAGAUGCUGGACAUCAUCGAAGACUAUCUGAAAGGGGUUGUUCAGGACAUAGAAAAAGGACUUAACAGCACCUACGAGAAGUACCUCAACAAGUACUUUUUCCUCAACAAACCCACCAAGCUGCUAUCCCCAGAAUACAGCUGGGACCCCAGGUUCAGACUCCCACUGCAGGUGCGGUACGUGAAGGUGUCCAGACAUGCUCGAGAGGGCUACUGA